AUGUCGGAUGUUAGCAAACGCUGUCCUGGCCUUCCCAAUUCGGAAAGUAACUUCGUCUUUCGCCAGUCCACUGGGACUUCUGCAACUAACCAGAUAUACGAACCUCCCAACCACAUUGGUCGAUUCACCCGCAAGCGUUCGGUCAACCAUCCAAUGAAGGAGAAAAACUACUGGCUCCGGAACUUCUCCGGAGUUGUCACUCGUAAAAGAUCUCUAGAUAUGUUCCAGGACCCACCGGCCAACGUUCGCUGUACGACGAGAAAGCGUGUCAAGAGGUCGGACUCAGUCUCCUCUCAAAAAGAGAACAACGUUCCGCAUGUCGACAAUCGACCCACACUCGCAGUUACCCUCAGAAAUGGUCCUCUGAGGAAUAUUAGCCCGCUGAACAGCAUUGAGGAACAUGUCAGCUCAUCACCAACACCUAAUCAGCGACCAGAUCAAUUGUGGUCCUUCGAUCCGCCUAAGGUUGAUCGUAGGCGGCCAGUCCGAUCAUAUAGCACCAGAAUAAGCCCAGUUUUAUCUAAUACAAGGAGGAUGCUACGCAGUUCUCGUAGAAGUAUUCAAUCUCAACCUAGUGCUGAACUUCGUGUUGAACUUGAGCGGGUCCCUGUGGAAAACCGUCCGCGUCUACGAUCCGAUGCAAUCGAUUCGUCAGCCACCAGCUCACCACGCAGUUCCCCUACAACAUCGCUGACUAUGGAUACAUCCCUGCUCUCUUGGUUUUCACCUCGCCGCUUCAAUUCUGUGGGUAAAGACCAGGCCGCCAAGCUCAAGCGGUUGAAUACCCGUAGGAUAGAAUUUGACAUACAGGAAUUGAGUCAAUCAAUCAAUAAAGACGCCUCACAAUUAUCAGCGGAAUCACUUAUGUCGAUCGUUGGUGAUCCGCUGGAGAAACUCCUUGGCUUAUGCAACCAAUUAGAAGUCAAACCGUUUGAGGAAUGCUUUGACACUGAGACUUUAGAUGGGCUCGCAAAAAUCGGGGAGGGAGUUUAUGGUGAAGUCUUUCAAUCCCCCAAAGGGCAUGUGAUAAAAGUGUUCCCCGUUGAUGGAAAAGAGUUUGUAAACGGUGAAAAACAGAUGACUUUUGCCGACGUCUAUCCGGAAGUUUUUGUUUCAAAAAAGCUCAGUGAACUUGCCUAUAAAUACCGCCGAAAUCGAGCAGUCAACUUCUCUCAAUUAAAAAAGGCCACUGUCGUACAGGGAUCCCUUCCCGAAGCAUUCAGUUCGAGUUGGCGCAAGUUUAAGGCUCAGCGGGGUUCUGAUAACGAAUGUCCUGAUUUCCUGCCACCCAGUCAACAGUGGAUGGUGUUAGAAUUCGAAUUUGCCGGUGAACCACUAGCCAAUGUUCGACGAAGUGACGCACUUCCCAAUCCCCAGUUGUCGGAGCUGCAAACGAGUGGACUGGAGGUCGCUGCCGACUCAGCGACCGUUGACAGCUCUAUGCUGGCUGCUGAAGCCCCAUCUCGGAGUCCCCAUCCAGGAAGACGGCAGUGGCCAGCGCAGCUGAGUUUGCCGGUAGUGGCCUUCACACUUCGCUGCCAUCAGCCGGGUCGCCUUACUCGCCGUAUACAGCAGGGCCCAGCACCUAGGACUAAUGACUCUGUUCGUCUUGUAUCGGUUUUGGGUGCAGCAUCUGCUCGUCACAUGGCGCCGACAUCCUCAGGCAUCUCCAAAUCAAUCUUCAAGCCUCGACCAGUCUAUCUGGCCGCCUUCAAUGUGCGCACUCUGAAGCAAGCAGGACAACAAGCUGCUUUUGCUCUUACACUGGACUCCCUUGGCAUCGAUGUGUGCUGUGUCUCAGAAACAAGAAUUCAAGAUGCAGGCAUAGUGAUUGAGCUAACCACCUCACCACUCCCCACUCCCUUCCGGCUACGCACCUCUGGUGAUCCAGAGGCUGCUGCGGUGGGAUGUGCAGGGAAUCGUCUUCUAGACUCUCCUUCAACUGCCCCAAAAUCAGAUGUUAAUUCAUACUGGGACAAGUUCGCCACAUCUUUGCAUAGUGCUGGAAGUGGGAGUGCUGCAUUUGGUGUGGCCGUACCAAGCCCGCUCAAGCAAUGGAUACAAGACAGAACAGUGGUACUGCUUAAAUUUCGGAGAAAUAUCCCAGCCAGCCCCGAACACAAUUUGGCCCGACAAAUUAUCGGACGUCAAGUGAAAAUGAGCGUGCCAGCCGACUAUGAAAUCUGGUGGACACAGAAAACCAAGAAAAUGGAAGAGGCCUCUUCCGUCCCAGAAAGCCAAAAAUGCCCCAAGAUUAUUUCUAUUGAUCCGUGCGACCGGUCCCCAGAAACUACCUGUGAGAGAUGCCCACUUUCCCCAUUCCUGUUUAAUUUUGAGAUCGAUGAAAUCAUUAGACGAACGCUGGAUGGUCUCCAAACCCCCGGUGUUCAAACAGCCUGUGACGAGAACUUUGUCGAUCUGGAAUAUGCAGACGACAUCGUUCUCAUCUACGAGGACGCGGAGAAUGCGCAGUUUACUUACGUACGCAUCGAUUCUGUCUUCAAGUUUAAUACCUGUCGCGAGGCCCGUUCAGUGAUCGAGCAAAUCGCCUUGUCCUUGGCUGCUGCGGAGUCUGCACUUCAAUUUGAACACCGUGACCUCCAUUGGCAUAACAUUCUCGUCCGGCCCACACGACAGUGGAAACUUCGAUAUCGAGUCGGUGGGGUCAGUUAUUCAGUUUUCACAGAAGGAAUCCAAGUUACCAUAAUUGAUUUUACUGUGUCCAGACUUUGUCACGAAGGAAAUAUCGUCUACGUGGACAUGGCAGAUUCCCCGGAGAUUUUCGAAUGUGAAGGGGACUACCAGUUUGACAUCUAUCGCAUCAUGCGUGACCUGAACGGGAACGACUGGCGCCCAUUCCAUCCUCUGACAAAUUUAUACUGGCUACACUACCUCAUGGGGAAGUUGCUCAAUGAAACUUCCUAUCCACGACGUGAUCCCGAUUCGCAACCUGUGGAAUCUGAAUUACGCGCGUUGUACGACAUGGUCCUGACGAGCAACUACAAGUCCGCCAUGGAGCUUGUUAGUUCGAGUUUCUAUUUUGACACUUGCCGCAUCGGUUGAACCAGUUCCGCUUCUUUUCGUCUCUUUUGACUCGAAACUCCCAUGUCGGAUCGUCUGUUUCACAACGUAAUCCCCAUCAAAUCUUUUGUCUGUACGUUGCCGUACACCCCUCGGCGUCGUGAAAUCCCAGUGGCAGACAGUCCGAUUCGACGUACCUAGAUUAUUCUACUUCUCUUUUUAGAACCGGUGUCUCACUUUCUUUUUGUCAGGUUUCACUGAUGUUGGUCCAUUUCACUGACGUCUGUGCAUUUCCCGACAGGGCGCCUGUCGCUUUCAUGGUUCGAUCAGUUAGGGAUAAAUUGUGGUGAUCGCUAGCGUAUUCUCACCGUGUUCAAUUGUACGUUGGUAAUACACUGUUCUUC